AUGCAAUUACAAGAGGAGAUUAUUGCAACCUCGAGCCUGGACCCUCAGGCCAUUGUUGAGAGCUGGAGGGUCACUGCUAGGGAGCGCCCAAGACCUGACAGUUUUCUCUCCUUGGAUAUUAUAGGGUCGAAGCCUUUUCCACGCUAUGGGUACAAACCCUCCCCGCCGAAUGGGUGUGGCUCUCCACUGUUCGGUGUCCAGCUCAAUGUGGGGAUCCCCUCCCUGACCAAGUGCUGCAACCAACACGAUCGGUGCUACGAGACCUGCGGCCAGAGCAAGAACGACUGCGACGAGGAGUUCCACUACUGCCUCUCCAAGAUCUGCCGGGACGUGCAGAAGACGCUGGGCCUGGCUCAGAACGUGCAGGCCUGCCAGUCGGUGGUGGAGCUCCUGUUUGACAGCGUCAUCCACCUGGGCUGCAAGCCCUACCUGGACAGCCAGCGAGCCGCCUGCAGGUGUCGCCACGAGGAGAAGACCGAUCUCUGAGCAGGGGAGACAGCCAGGGUGGGGAA